UGACAAUUUCCAUAUCCUGACAUUACAUUCAAGGUUAGUUACUAGGCAUUGGGAGAAAUCAAGACGACAACAUGAAGGCAUCGCAUAAUCUGAGUGGAAAGACUGUUUUCGUGACGGGGGGCUCCGGAGGACUAGGGAAAGCUAUCUCAAAAGAGCUAGCUGCUCAAGGUGCUCAUGUUACGAUCUUUGCUCGUAGGGAAGGACCCCUUGAGGAUGCCAAAAAGGAAAUACUCGCAGUUCGCUUGAGCGAAGCGCAAGAAAUCAACUCGGUCUCAGUCGAUUUAGCCGACGCUUCCAAGGUCGACGCGGCAUUCAAAGCCCAACCCCGAAUUGCAGAUAUUCUGUACUGCACCGCCGGCGGCAACUACGCUGAAAAUGGAUUUUUCGUCGACAUCGAAGCCCAGGCUCUCGACAGCUGCAUGAAGAACAACUACUAUGCUUCUGCCUACGCCGCUAAGUCGUUGAUGAACACGUGGACGCAGGACGACAAGAAGAACGGCUUCCAAAGCCCCCAGCCAAAGCUACGCCAGAUCGUCUUCAUUAACAGCGCAGCAGCACUUACUAGUAUGCCAGGCUCUAUUGCCUACACACCUGCAAAAUGCGCUGUGCGUGCCUUGGCAGACACCCUUAGGAUGGAAGUCCUCCGCUACAACUGCCCGGCCUCGACCUACACCAUCCACUGCUCCUUCCCCGCCGACUUCGUGUCUCCGGGGUUCGCCCUGGAGCAGAAGACGAAGACGCCGCUGACCAAGCGCAUCCAGGGGCUCGACUGCCCCUUCGAGGAGCUCGUCAAGCGCUUCCCCUCUUCCGAGAAGGUCGCCUCCCUGACCAUCGCGGCGGUGAACCGCGGCGACUUCAUCAUCUGCGAGGACUCGUUCUCCGCCUCGGCGCUCUUCACGAACAUGAAUGGCCCGUCGCCUAAGCGAGGCCUCGGGAUCGUGGAUUCCCUGCUGGGCCUGCUGAUGGGCUGGGUUGUUUGGCCGGUUCUGCGCCGCAGGUGGGAGGGUAUGUGCAGGCAGGACGGCGAGGAGGCUAGAAAACUACUGGGAAAUUGAGGAUAUGUUUAGGUGUUACUAGCGAUUGUGUUUGUCUGCGUACACACCCGUGAUCGAAUUGGGGGGCAGUACUACCGGUGGAUUACAUGCGUAUAAUUAUCUCCUCGGGCACGUACAUGUAAUGAUGUAGUAAUGGAUACUUUCAUUGAG